AUGCCCUCGAACCCGCGUAAAACGAAGUACAACUGCGACAGAGCUUGUUGCACCUAUGGGACUGACUCGAAUUCCUUAUUCCAACAUCAUCUCAACAUCCACGAAGCGUUCGAGGCUGGCACCAGACGCGGCCAACGUGUCACUGCGCCAGAAGCUGUAACCAGCGCGCAACCGCCGGCCACCAUGGCUUCCGACGCGCGAAUACCACGUGAGGAACCCGUCGUCCUCAAACGGUCACGAAAGCUCAACGAGGUCGUGCGAGCCUGGACUUCUGCGAAGAAUUGGACAACACCCGAUCAGCAAGCGGUGCCCAGAAUGCCCAUCUGUCACAGCAACUUAGGCAAAGCCACGACGGGCACUUCAUCCACUGGAAGGGGCGUGGAGGGUCCCUUCCAACAAGGCUGGCCUUCUUCAACAAUUUCCUUGGCGUCGUCUGGACAAGUGGAAAAUGCUGGAAGUAGAACUGAGGCCGCACAAGCAAAGUCUUCUGUCCUCCGAGAAGGAACAAGAGAGAAACCUGUGUCGGGAGUGCGUCUUGGAUCCUCCAAUCUGCAAGGAGGUACUGGUAAUACUCCCUCUUCUGCAGGACCUUGGGAUUCUUCUGUUCAAGAGAACGCAGGAAGCAUGCCGGCUUCAGCAAGACAUCCGGAGCCCUCCACGCGUCCAGAAGGCAUAAGCAUCUUACCUAGAAUGCCAAUCGGGGCCCGUCUCCCGAACAUGCCAUGCACGCUGGUCUUCGGCGACCCGGAUUCCAGUAUCCGUUCGGCACCCACUGGUUUUGCAACACAUCCGGAGUCCACUGUGCGACGAGAGAUGAGGGCUGCGAGACCGAUGCCGUAUCCGCAAGUUAACCGUCCGCGACUGCGGCGGGUGAAUGUGCCGCGUUAUGCCAUGCAGGUCCCCUCGCGCUCGCCGUAUACGGACCAGGUCACCGCGCAAAGCACGGGCCACGCAUUUGGGCCCUUGCGAGUUGCGCAGGCCGUGGCCGCACCUGUGGGUUCCAGUUCGGCCUCAGCGGCGAGCGGGCCUACGGGUUCCGCUUCGACCUCAAAUGCGAGCGAGCCCGCGAGCUCCUCUUCGGCCUCAGCUUCGACCCCUUCAACGUCGAUUCCGAUGGUGUUGAACAUCUUUGAGCUGCCUCGCGCCGAGGAUAGCGGAGGGUACGACCACAUGGCCGACCUCGAAGGUAUAGCGGUGAAUGUCCAGGGACGUAGAGGGAAACUGAGAGAAGUAACGUUGAACCUCCAACUUGGAAGUGCGCUCGAAGAAGCGUUGCCGGAGAAGAUGUUUGUGAUUCAAUAUGACGACUCUAUGGCUCCAACUCCACCCCCUGGUUCUACCGGUCCCUCUGCUUAG